UCUCUCUCUCACCGUCUCACCGCUUCGAAGCAACAAUGCCGCAGGGAGACUACAUCGAGCUGCACCGGAAGAAGCAUGGACGCCGCCUCGAUUACGAGGAGCGCAAGCGCAAGAAGGAGGCGCGUGCAGUUCACAAGCGAUCCAAACAAGCUCAAAACUCUAUAGGUAUCAAGGGUAAGAUGAUUGCUAAGAAGAACUAUGCUGAGAAAGCUCAAAUGAAGAAAACAUUGAAGAUGCACGAGGAGAGUUCGUCAAGGCGUAAAGCUGAUGAGGAUGUUCAGGAAGGAGCUGUUCCUGCUUAUCUUCUUGAUCGUGAGAACACCUCUCGAGCCAAGGUUCUUAGCAACACUAUUAAACAGAAGAGGAAGGAGAAAGCUGGGAAGUGGGAGGUUCCUCUGCCAAAGGUCCGUCCGGUAGCUGAAGAUGAGAUGUUCAGAGUGAUCAGAUCCGGGAAGAGGAAAACCAAACAAUGGAAGAGGAUGGUUACAAAAGCUACAUUUGUCGGACCUGGUUUCACAAGGAAGCCGCCAAAGUACGAGCGAUUCAUCCGCCCUUCUGGUCUGCGUUUCACCAAGGCCCACGUCACUCACCCUGAGCUAAGGUGCACUUUCUGCCUCGAGAUCAUCGGGAUCAAGAAGAAUCCCAACGGUCCUAUGUAUACAUCGCUUGGUGUCAUGACCAGAGGAACAAUCAUUGAGGUCAAUGUGAGUGAGCUUGGUCUUGUUACACCAGCUGGAAAAGUUGUCUGGGGGAAGUACGCUCAGGUGACUAACAAUCCAGAGAAUGACGGAUGUAUAAACGCUGUUCUGCUUGUGUAAUCAAAAUCUCCGGCAAGAAUAACGUUGUUUACUUUUUUUUUUUUGGUUCUGUCCUGAAAACAAUUUUGUCUUUAACUCCAGCUUUUUAUGUAUCUUUGUGGUCUAAUACAUUUUAAGCAAAGCCUCUUUUCUGUUUC